AUGGCGACCCAUCAUCCAUCGCCUCCAGCAGGCAUGCAAUUGCACCAUGGCCCGCCAGUCGGGCCUCCGCCUCCAGGUAUGCCACCGCAACCAGCGCAGUGGCCUGCGGCUCAACAGCUCGCGGCGAUGAAUGAGGCCGUGUGGCUUCAAAUUGGGAGUCUUGCAGAGCUCGUGGGCAAUCUCGAUGAGGCAAUGGUGGCUUAUGAACAUGCGCUCCGUGCAAAUUCCAGAUCCAUACCGGCGAUGAACGCGAUCAGUUGCAUUCUUCGGACCCAGGAACAGUUUCAUAAGGCUGUUGAAUAUCUUCAGAGCAUUCUCAAGCUAGAUGGGAAUAAUGGAGACGUCUGGGGAAGUCUCGGCCACUGCUACCUAAUGAUGGAUGAUUUGCAGCAAGCAUAUACAGCAUACCAGCAAGCUUUGUACCACCUACGGGAUCCAAAGGAACCAAGGCUUUGGUAUGGCAUCGGGAUCCUGUAUGACCGUUAUGGCUCCCUUGAGCAUGCCGAGGAAGCGUUCUCGCAAGUCAUGCGGAUGCAGCCUGAUUUCGAAAAGGCCAGUGAGAUAUACUUCCGUCUCGGCAUAAUCUAUAAGCAGCAGCAGAAGUACCAGCAAAGUCACGAGUGUUUCCGAUAUAUUCUUUCAGUGCCACCAUCACCAUUGACGGAAGAUGAUAUCUGGUUCCAAAUUGGGCAUGUUUAUGAACAACAGAAAGACUACGAAAACUCGAAAGCGGCCUACACGCGGGUUCUUGAUAGAGACCCGAAUCAUGCAAAGGUCCUCCAGCAGCUUGGCUGGUUGCAUCACCACCAAAGCAACAGCUUCUCAAUCCAAGAGCGCGCUGUUGAGUAUCUUCAGAAAUCCGUGAGCUCCGACCAAAACGACGCACAAACCUGGUAUUUACUUGGUCGGUGCUACAUGGCACAACAGAAGUACCCAAAAGCGUAUGAGGCCUAUCAACAAGCCGUCUAUCGCGACGGGCGGAACCCAACAUUCUGGUGCUCGAUUGGCGUUUUGUACUUCCAGAUCAACCAGUACCGAGAUGCACUUGAUGCAUACUCCCGCGCGAUACGCCUGAACCCGUACAUCUCCGAGGUCUGGUACGACCUAGGGACUUUGUAUGAGUCCUGUAACAAUCAAAUCAGCGAUGCAUUAGAUGCAUAUCAGCGGGCUUCAGAACUCGACCCGUCCAACGUCAACAUCAAGGCUCGCAUCCAGCUGCUACGGAACGGACAGACUAAUGGACUUCCCGUGCAGACGAGCGCACCACUUCCUCAAGAUGUCCAUCCUCAAGCAUAUCAAGCUACCGGUGCCGUGGGACCUCCAGGGCCUCAGUGGGGUAACGCGGGCCCUCAGCCUCAAACCGCACCACCUGCGCUUGUCAGCGGUUGGGGUAGUCGACUAGCUGAGCUCAAUCCUCCGCCUCAGCCUGGAAAUCCAUAUGACAUACGAGAGGCUCCUCGCGGUCCUGGUCCCGUGCCGCCGAUCCCACGCGGACCAAGCCCAAGGCAAGAGCAACAAAUGCGACCUUAUCCAGGCCCAGGCCCCGCGCCUGAUCGGGGGCCUCCUGGAGGGCCUCCGCCGCCGCCCCCGCGGGCCCGAUCACCACCUCGUGAGCACCAUCCUGCUAUGGGGCCAUAUCCUGGGCAAGGCCUCCCACAGCCUCAACCCCAGCCAGCACCGCCAUCCCAACCCCAGCGAGUCCUGAAUCCGAACUAUGCUGGACCUCCCGGUUCAAGCUCCUCCAAUGUGCUUCCUCCAGCACCAAGCAAUGUGAACGGCUCUGGCCCUGGGGGGUCUUUGCCACCAUUCGGACGGGGCAACAGCCCUAGGACAGAGAUCCGUCCGAUCAUGGAUAAUAAUCGGCUGGCAUCGCCGAAAUCUGGCUUUCCACAUCAGCAACCAUAUCCUCAUCACCCAGAUAUUUCUAACCCUGGUGGCAUCGAAGGCGGUGCUCCGCCUCCAGCAUCUGCUCUUGCCGCCCAAGAAGCGGCAGCAGAACGCAACGGGGAUCGACCUAACUCAGUUGGCCCAAAGCGAAUGCGGGAAUGGGAAGAUGAGCAACCAUCAAUGAAGAAGCCGGCAUCUGAUGAGAACCGAGCCCGGAUGGAUGAUAUGCAUCAUCGUAGGCUCUCAACGCCUCCUCGAGAACCUUUCCGCCGCAGCUCUUCAGAAGUUCGUCUUUUCGAAGAACAGCGGCGCAUGGAUGACCAGCGUCGUGUCGAAGAUCAGAGACGAGUGGAGGAUCAACGUCGUGAAGAGCAGCGUCGGGCCAACGAUAAUUACCACCCAUCUGAAGCAGCACACCACCCUCCAACUCACGCAGUGCCUAAUCACCUACCCCCCAUCCAAGGACCUGCUAGCGUGCACACACCUGUGCACGAGCUACCGCCGCCUCCCCCUGCCCCACCCGCACCCAAAGAGUACGCGGUUGAUGAACGUGAGCGCGAAAGAGAACGCAUGGAUCAUGGGCCACCUGCUCCUCCACCUCCCCCUCCUGUUCUGGUUGGGGAGCCGGAGCGGGCAGCACGGAAGAUGGAAGUUGAUGAAGACUACGACGAUGAUGGGGAAGAGGAUAAGAAGGGAGUGGUUGCGGCGGCAUCAGGAUCUGGCCCAGGUUCUACUUCAGGAGAGGCAAAAGUCACGUCCCCAAGUGGUGUUAACGGCCAUGGCGCAAAUGGAGUUGUAAACGGAGGGUCUAAGGCGGAGCCCUCGACAUGA